AUGUCUUCAAAGAAGAAAAAUCUCCUUCAAUCCAUACUCACACCCAAUGCAGGCAGUGGCUGUGGCUGUGGCAGGCCAAAACUCUCAGAUGUUUACGAGCCAGCACCAAAACCUAAACCCAAAACCUCAAUUUCCAAAAAAGAUCCGAACCCUAAAUAUUGUUCCUCUGCAAACUCAUGUGAUAAGAGUGUAGGCUUCUCAUUACCGGACAGUGAAGAAGAAGGCUCCACUUCCACUACUUUCACUUUGAAAAAAGACAACAACACGUCAUCAACCCAAAACUCCGAAUCCGAAACCGAUCCAAAAGCAUCCAAAAUCAUUGACAGCAUUGCUGUGGUGAAGGAUUCUGAUGACCCAUUUCAAGAUUUCAAGAAUUCUAUGUCGCAAAUGAUCUUGGAGAAAAGCAUCUACUCUAAAGAUGAUCUUGAAGAGCUUCUUAACUGCUUCUUGGAGCUGAAUUCUCCUUGCCAACAUGAUGUUAUCGUUCAAGCUUUCACUGAGAUCUGGAAAGAGAUCAGAUGUGUGUCACAUGAAUCCUAG